AGACAGGCACACCGAAGCGCUGUCCAAUCAGAGGAGCGGUUCAGGAGAACUCGCGAUCAAUAAAGGAAAUUUAACCUUAAACAUUUUUAAGUACGAACCCGUUUAAUAUUAAAGUUUUAUCACAGUUUAAUACAGUAGAUAGUUUAAUUCUAAAAGUUACUCUAACAAACACAAACUAAAUAAUAACAGAUAUUUUCUUUGUUCUACCCUGUUCUGUGCCUUUGUUUUUAAUAUUUCUGAUUCUACUCCACUGUGCGUCUGAUCGGCUUGUGUCUGGCUGGAGAACCCAUAGAGAACCCACAGAGAACCCAUAGAGAACCCACAGAGAACCCAGAUAGAACCCAUCUGAGCUCCAGGAAGCAAAGGAACACGUGGGACCUAUUUUAUCUGAGCAAGCCGUCAGAAGGAGCAGAACCCCGCCGAACUUUAAAACAUUUAAUCUAUUGGAGACUUAAGUUUGAAGACGGACAUAUGAACAGCCAUUAAUAUCUACAGACAGAUAUAAAUAAAUAAAUAAAUAAAUAACCAGACAUGAAAAUAUGAAAGUCUAGUAAAAGGCUGGAGUCUCUUCUCACAGGAAGGAUUAUACAGCGGAGUAACGGGACAGCUGCGCAGAACAUAACCGCGCAGGUAGGAAAUCACGUGCUUCUGACGUGUACACCCCACCGGUGGAGCUCCGGUAGACGCGUGUCUGCAGCCAGGAACUCUGGGGAAACUUUCCUACUGCGGUGGAGAGCCAAACGUUUCGUCGUUUUUCAUCCGGUUUGCACGCAGCUGCGUUUUCCCACAGUCCGCGGAGCCCCUGAACGCGUCAGCGCGGCCAACAUGGCGGCGCCCCUGCCCGGCAGAUGCAACUUCUUCGUCCAGAGAAAGAGGCGGUUCUGUAAGAUGGUCACCGGCACGGGGAAACGGUUCUGCGGAGAGCACGCGACCAUGGAGGAGGGGGGCGGUGGCAGCAGGAGGAUCCCCUGCCCUCUGGACCCCAAACACACCGUGGCCGAAGAACUCCUGGAGAAACACCUGAAGAAAUGCAACUCCAGAGACAAACCCUGGCCGGUUUAUUAUGUGGAGAACAUCAACGCAGGGCGAGCUGAUAAAGACCAGAAUCUUCCACAGGUGACUCUGUGUGAGCGCAGCAGAGAGGAGUUGGAGUCUCUGGUGGAGAAGCUGAAGGCGGCUGUUAAAGGUCUGCAGGAGGAGGUGGAGGACAGGACUCUGUCCCACCCCGUCCUCCAGGAAGAACUCACCAACCCAAAUAACGGAGACUCCGCCCACAAACACCUGAAGCAGCAGGCCUCAAUCUUAGGUCACCUGCAGGAGCUGGGGCUGCUCCACAGGGGGCGCUGCUUCGUGGAGUUUGGAGCAGGACGAGGAAAGCUGUCCCACUGGAUCCACAAGGCCCUGCAGAACCCAGAGAGCCGUGAGGACCUGCAGCUGCUGCUGGUGGAGCGCUCCAGCACCCGCUUCAAGGUCGACGGGAAGCAUCAGGAUGGAGGCGUGGCGUUUGAGAGGCUGCAGGUGGACAUUCAGCACCUGGAUCUCAGUAAAGUUCCUCUGCUGAGGAACAGGAAGCUGUCGCUGGUUGGAGUCGGGAAGCAUCUCUGUGGAGCAGCGACAGAUCUGGCUCUGCGGUGCUUAUUGGAGACGCCCGCAAUCAUGGAGGAUCCGGAACCGCCUCCGAAACGCCUUAAAGGGCCGGAAACCGCGCUGAGAACAGAGGAUAGUUCAACGACAUCCCCGCCUGGCUCCGGUCCGGGUUCUGGUUCCGGUCCGGGUUCUGGUACCGGUCCGGGUUCUGGUUCCGGUCCGGGUUCUGGUUCCGGUCCGGGUUCUAGUUCCGGUCCGGCUCCGGUGCUGGGCCUGGCGGUGGCUCUGUGCUGCCACCAUCGCUGUGAGUGGCGCCACUACGUGGGUCAGCAGUUCUUCCUGCAGAGAGGACUCGGCGCCGCAGAGUUCUCCGCCUUCUGUCGGAUGUCCAGCUGGGCCACAUGUGGGCUCCGACCGGCCAAUCAGAGCGCUGCGUCCCACGGUCCGACCAAUCAGAGAGGAGAAGUGGAAGAGCACGAAGCGGCAGAAGAGACGGAGGCACCGAGCGGGUUCUGGACAGCAGCAGAACGGGAGCAGCUCGGUCGGUUCUGCAAGCUGCUGAUCGACAGCGGCAGACGGGACUUCCUGAGAACCAGAGGGUUCCGCAGCAGCCUGACUCGUUACGCCGAGGCUGCAGUGACCCUGGAGAACGUCCUGCUGACUGCAGUACCCUCCUCUUCCUCCUCCAGGUGAAGAAGCUGGAUCAGGUCCAUCUGGGUUUCAGAGGAGCAUCAAUGUGUUCUGAAAUAAGACGAUCAGACUUUAUAUAAAAUCCGUUUUAUUAUCAGCUAAAUGUUUCUUGGACAUUUCAGUUUUCUGCUGCGUGUUUCUUGAUCCAAAUGUGUUCUGGUUCUGAGCCAGUCCGCUGUGAAGGAUCUUCUGUCAGCUGCAAAUAAAGAUCUGAGUCCUC